CACUCUUUAUUUCUUAUCUGUAUUUCACUAUUUCAGGUGACCAAUUGCAGUUCUUACUAACAAACCAACCAGCAGUUCCAAGUCUGCCAUAUGCCCAUACACAAGAAGUCAACCCACAUUUUGAUAAACCACAGGAGCAAAGAAGACCAACAAUGCAAAGCAGACCCACAUGUAGUAUAUGUUUGAAGACAUUUGCAUCUGAACGCAAUCUUAGAGGACAUAUGAACAUUCACACAGGCGAGAAGCCUUAUAAGUGUAAUGUCUGUGGGGAAGACUUUACACAUCAUACUGUCUAUAGAUGGCACCAGAAACAGUUUGAUCAUUGAUUGUAGACUUUGUUAUUAGUUAGCUGUGAUAGCAGUUUUUUUAGCAUUAGUUUAUUGUGAGAAAUAGCCAUUAUACUAAAUAGUGAAGAUUUAGUAGUAAAUUUAGUAUAUAUUUUUGACAGUUUAUUUCCAUUUAAAAUUGAUGCAUUUUAAUUUUUAUAUUUAUUUUUGGCACAAUCUUUUAUUUUAAACUUGAUACAAAUCCUCAUUAAUUGAAUGACUUGAGAAUUGAAAAUUUGGUUUUAGUCAGUUUAUUGUGCAAGAUAUUUGCAGUAUAGUGCAAAUAAUUUUACUGCAAUAUUAUUUUCAUAAUUCUAUUUAAAUCUGUUCAUGAAUAUCUCUCAAAAUGGUUUGAAUAUAAUUAGCCAGGCAGUGAGUAAAAGUAAUAUAGAUUAAUUUUAAUGAACAUAUGAUA